GAGGGAAGAGGGACCAGCCUGCCCGAGAUGGCGGGGACGGCGCUAAGCAUGGCGAGGUCGAUGCUGGGGGUCGCCAUCCACGUUGCCGCCUCCGCUGCUGCUGACGAGAUGAGCUUGCUCAUAGGCGUUCGGAAGGAUAUCUGGUUCAUCAAAGAUGAGCUUGAGACGAUGCAGGCAUUCCUCAUGGUCGCUGAAGGAAUUAAGGAGAAAGAUAUGCUACUGAAAGUGUGGGCGAAACAAGUACGGGACCUAUCCUACAAUAUUGAAGAUUGCCUUGGUGAAUUCAUGGUGCAUGUGGCAAGUCAAAGCUUGUCUCUGCAGCUGAUGAAGCUCAAAGAUCGCCAUCGAAUUGCCAUGCAAAUCCGUGAUCUCAAAUCAAGACUUGAAGAAGUGAGCAGCAGGAACACACGCUACAACCUGAUAGACAAGAACCAAAUCCUCACUAGAACCAUUGAUGAGAGGGAUUCUUGCAUGGAAGAUAUUCGCAACCAGUCAGGUAGCAACAUUGCUGAAGCUGAACUUGUGGGGUUUUUCAAGCCGAAAGAAGAGGUUAUUAAGCUUAUAGAUGCCCAUGCCAGAAAUGGCCCUGCUCUGGUAGUAUGCAUCGUCGGCAUGGGUGGUUUGGGUAAGACUACUCUUACAAGAAAGGUGUAUGAUAGCGUGGAAGAUUUUUCAUGUAGUGCUUGGAUCACUGUGUCGCAGUCAUUUGUCAGGAUGGAGUUUCUCAAAGACAUGAUCAAACAACUUUUUGGCGAUGAAGCAUUGAAGAACCUGCUGGAUGGUAAGGUGGUGCGAGAAGAGAAUCUCGCUAACCACCUCAGGAAAGAGCUACUUGAGAAGAAGUACUUUGUUGUUCUUGAUGACUUAUGGAACAUAGAUGAUUGGAAAUGGAUCAGAAGUAUUGCUUUUCCUAGUAGUAACAUCAAAGGUAGUCGGAUUAUGGUAACAACACGAGAUGUUAGCUUAGCUGAGAAGUGUACUUUGGAAUUUCCUAGAUCAGCAAUCUACCACCAUGAACCCCUAGAAACUAAUGAUGCCAUAAUUUUGCUACUACAGAAGACCAGGAAAAGUGAGGAAGACAUGAAAAAUGAUGAUAACAUGAGGAAUAUUGUUACUAAGAUAGUAAAAAAGUCUGGACGAUUACCUCUAGCUAUCCUCACAAUAGGAGGCAUUCUUGCAACCAGAGUGGUUAGUGAGUGGAAAAGUAUUUAUAAUCAACUUCCCUCAGAGCUAGAAACCAACGGAAGCCUUGAAGCAAUGAGGAGGAUGGUUACCCUGAGUUACAACAACUUGCCUUCUCAUCUUAAGUCAUGUUUUUUGUACUUAAGCAUAUUCCCUGACGAUUUUGAAAUUAAGUGGAGGCGGCUGGUAGACAGAUGGAUCUCAGAGGGUUUUGUUAUUGCGAAGGCCGGGGUGAGUGUUGUGGAUGUUGGGAGAAGUUACCUUAAUGACCUAAUCAAGCGAAGCAUGAUUCAGCCAUCAAGUUGGGAUGUAGAAGGAAAUGUGAAAAGCUGUCGAGUUCAUGAUAUCGUUCGUGAUGUCAUGGUCUCAAUUGCUAGAGAUGAAAAGUUUGCAUGCUCAACAUGGGAUAAUCCAACCAGCAUACCAGGGGAUAACUUCCGUCAUGUAGCAUAUCAAGGCUUUUGGUGCCCAGAUAAAUGUUUGGAUUGGAAUCAUGUCCGGUCUUUAACUGUGUUUGGUAAGAGGCCCAUGAAGCCGGCACCUUCAGUUUGUUCACCUGACUUCAGGAUGCUUAGAACCUUGGAUUUGCAUGAUGCCCAGUUUGAAAUCACACAAGAAGACAUCAACACUAUAGGGUCAUUGCGUCAUUUGAAAUAUGUCAAUCUACGAUCGCAUCGAGGUUCGCAUGUUUACAAGCUCCCGAGAUCCAUAGAGAAACUACAAGGCUUGCAGACUUUGGACAUAAGAGGCAGUUAUGUCACAUCACUACCAGCUGAGAUCACUAAACUGCACAGCCUUCGUAGCCUCCGAUGCAGAAAAUCAGAGGCAACAGACUCGUACCAAAAUUUACACACACAUUACCCUAUGAUGUGCUGCAUCUCCAUGUUCCAUAUGCCUGUUCUGUUCACCCAUUUAGUUAGUCCUACUGAUAAGAGUUCGGACAUGAUGAUGGAGUUUCACAUGGCUUGGACUGGCCGUUUGCCUAACUAUGAUGGUGUGAGGGUGCCCAGGGGGAUCGGCAACCUAAAAGAGUUAGAUAUACUAGAGCUUGUGGACAUUGAGCGAACUAGUAGAAAAGCUGUUAAAGAGCUUGGACAGCUUAUAAAGCUAAGAAAGUUAAGUGUCAAACUAGGGAAGAGCAUGCAAAAGAACAAGAUACUUAGUGCAUCCAUUCAGAAGCUCACUUCCCUCCGCUCUCUUAGUCUGGAUGCUAGAUUGCGGACAAGCGGUCUCAAGUGUUUGCAUUCUAUUUCCUCCCCUCCUCCUCUCCUGAGCACACUGCAUUUGCAGGGAGAUAUUGAGGAGAUGCCUGACUGGGUCGGAAAUCUGGUACAUUUGGUGAAGUUUAAGUUACGAUUGGGAAAUCCGAGGGAACCAGAUACACGCAUGAACAUACUGGUUUUCAGAGCUGAAACAUUCAUAAAUCUCAGGGUACUUGGUCUUGCCGGCUGGUGGCGUCCAGUGAGAGAGUUGAUAUUUGAGGAGGGCACUGCGCCUCACAUGGAAAGGAUAAAAAUAAGUCGGUUGGCGUUUGGAUCAGGGAUUACUGGUAUCACACACCUCCCAAAACUCAAGGAGAUUUCACUUGGUUGGGGAGGUAGGGUGGCGAAGCUUGGUGUGCUGCAACAGGAAGUGGACGUACACCCCAGCCAUCCUGUUCUGCAACUCGAGCGUCACUGGAGAGAGCAUGACCUGGGUGACGUCGUGCAAGAAUCCAGUACUUUAGCACGAGCAGAGCAAACAUGAGCUGCAGUUGUUUACUUGGUUGUCCCAAACUAUACUUCAUUGUAAUCACAAGGUCGUUAGUUUUACCUAUCCCGUUCCAGUUGGUUACUUGGUUGGUUUUUUAUAUAUUUGUGCUCUUGUGCUUCAGUUUUC